UAAUCACUUUUUUUCCUUUAGUAGCUGGAAAGAAUUUAUAGCUUUCCUUUAGUGGUAGUCCAUAUGAAUGAUGGACAUGAAAUCAAAAUAGAAAGAAAAGAGAGGAGAUGCUAGAACAGCAGAAAGUAAAGGGUGAAUGGAGAAAGAGAAGGUUCUUUUUAAAAUAAGAGUUUUUUUACUAAUAACUACAAAUAACUACGUAUAUUUACCAUUAGCAAACUACAAACUCAAUAACCCGUGCGGCCUACAAUCGUAACGGUCCGUUAGCCCAUUGUAAAUAAAAAAACACUCAAAUAUUAUGAAAAUUACGAAAGAUGCCACUGAGACUCACCUGAGCUAUUUCUCCCAAAAUCAAAGCAGUUUCAAAUUGAAACCGUCCUAAAUCCAAAAUCCUCACUAAAUCGACAUCUCGGACUCCGGCGAAGUAGGCGGCGAAGUCAGGCAGCGAAGCAGGCGGUGACUCCGGCGACGAAGAGGAACUGCUGAGUGUCAGUAGUAUACUGACCCCCAAAACGAAGCCCCAGGUCUCUUCCGGCGAAGCCCUAUCCAAUUCCGAGGAGGAGGAGCCGAUCAACGACGAGGACAACUCCCUCGGCUCCGAUGACGAGGCCGCGCCGGCCGAGAACGACCAUGACUUUAAAGAAGAGGUAUAUUUUCGAUUAGGAGAGAAUUCGGUUUGUUUACGGAUUUAUUAGGUUUGCCUGUUGUUCUUGGGAGUUUUUUGAUUGAUUUUUUCUGCAUGUUCCGUUUUCGGAAGCUAGAACUGAGUGUUGUCCUUUCCACCUUGAAGCAGUGAUGCUCUGGUUCAUGGAUGUUAUACCAGCAAGCUUUAGGAUUAGGAGGCUUCAGAUAUGGAGGAGCUAGUGAGAUAGAAAGCUGGAUUUCAGUAUAAAUUUUGUGCUGUCCUCUAUUGUUGUGAAUGUUGACGUUCAAGUAUUGUGGUGCUAAUACGAAUUUAAUGCUACAUUGGCAUUGUUGAAGUAUAAUAAUGUCUUUGAACCCAUGAUGACUCUCUUAGGACACUGCGACAACAUAUUCAUCCCAUUGAUCACGACUGAAGACUACCACUACACAAUGCUUAGGUUGAACAAGAAGGCAAAAGAAUGGAUUCAUUACAAUCCAAUGCGCAAAAGAACAAAUCCUGAAAAAAGCAAAGGCUACGAGAAUGCCAAAGAAGUGGUAGAAGCAGUGACAAUGUGGAUGCUUGAUGUGAAAAAGUUGCACAAGCAGAACAAGGAGAGGAGGCUAAAAUUUGUCAGAGUGGAAAAGAAGACAACAAUAUAUGAGGAAAUACAGAUUGAUGAAAAUGCAGAGAAAACAAUCGCUUGGAUAAACAAAACUGAUGUGGAUAACUUAAAGCUGGUUGAAGACAUGUAUUGUGCACAGCAACCUGAUAAUUCGUUGGACUGCGGACCUUAUAUCCUACACUAUAUAGAGAAUAUAGCAAAGAACAGGCUGCAGAUAAGCAAAGCAGAUAGAGGCGUUUUGGUUGACAAGGUUUUGGGAUUAGAAAGAGAAAUCAAAGAAAGCUUGAAGAACAUGAGAAGAACCAUGGUGGAGAGGUUUCUUAACCAUGACGAGGGCUGGUAUUCGAAAGUAGGUUACACUCAGUAAAAUGAUAGAUGAGGAUUAGGAUUUUUGUGGAUGUGGAUUUUUGUUUAUGAGUUGAAUGGAUUUUGACGAAAGUAAAUUGACAGAAGCGGGCUUUUUGAAGUCUUCUUUACCGGU